AUACGAUCUGUGGCGUUAUUCUCUAACGAAUCUUUCGAUUGAAUAAAUAAAAAUCAACGGAAAGAGAUAAUGGGUUUUCCUUUCCAUCGUUACACAGUGCCGCCACCACCACCACUGUUGAUGCUGCUAUCGCUGCUGCCUUGCAUUGCCUUUUCUUCCCAAAGCUACGAGUAUUGGGAAUCUGUCGUGAUACACCCAUUAGGUAUCCAAUCCCCUCAUGAUUUGGAAUGGCACGCAGAUCCGUGGUUCCCGAAUGCUGUCGUAAUACACACUUUAGUCUACUUUAUCUAGGUAGGUACCCAUUACCCAGAAUGGCAUAUCUUCCUCUCGUCAAUGGUAUGACGACCUGACCGCAGCGUUUCCCCUCCCCAUCGUGCAUAUGGCAAUAGUCCAAACAGUGUCGUGUCGAACCAUCUUCCGAUGUCUUCUUUCUUUUUCCCUCCUUUGCGUCCUCCCGAUUCGAUAACGACUCGUUCUUUUUUGCUUUUCCUCCCAUAGCUGAACGAUGAAACAUCACACGAACAUACUCACCCAUCCCAAUCCGUCCCCUUCAAAUUAUCGUCAUGCGCCGCACGCACGCACUCCCCUCU